UGGUCGGCGGGAGAUUAGAUCUCGCGAUGUGCGUGCGCGUGCGCGACCCUCGCGAGUUCGCGCACGCCACUCGCAGGACGGGGCUGUGGCUGCCUCUUCCUCUUGCGUCGGGGGCAGGACCCUGAGCGGUGGCCGCGGCCGGAGCUGGGCGCCAGCGUCCCCCUCGCCGCCGCCGCCGCCCUCGCUGCCUGCCCCUCUGUCGGGCUCGUCUCCGCUCAGUGAAGAGGCGGUGGGCUGGGAAGGGAGCGGCGCCAGCGUGAGAUUCCCAGCCGAUGGGCAGCCCCUGGGCGCGCUGAGGGGCCGGGCUACUAGCGGCUGAGCUUGCAGAACUCCCGAGUGCACGGACAGCCGGCCACGGAUUUGGAGGCUUGGAGGGUAUACGGCUCUUUCUCUCCAGUGUGGGCGUGUAUCGUCUGCAAAGUUGUUAUUGCUAAUACAUUAAUAAUCACUUUCGGGCACAACAGCUUUCCAACAUGGUGAUGUCUGAAUAAUAAAAUUGAAAAAGGAGUCACUUUUUCUCAUAAUCUUCUGCUCAAAAGUUUAUAACUUGAAGGGGAGAGGAAUGUGAUUGAUCCCUUCACAAAUCCCAACAUUGGCUUUUCUUCCAGUUGGAAAACAAAUCUAUUUGACUUUGUAGAUGUUGUCAACAGAAAGGUUUUGUGGAUGUUUGGAGAGAAAAUGAUGCAUCCCGUUGCUAGCAGUAAUCCUGCUUUCUGUGGGCCUGGCAAGCCUUCCUGCCUCAAUGAAGAUGCCAUGAGAGCUGCUGAUCACUUUGACAUAUAUUCCUCCCAGCAAAGCAAAUACAGCCACCCAGUCAGCCACAAACCAAUGGCUUGUCAGAGGCAAGACCCGUUAAAUGAAACGCACUUGCAGACUACAAGUGGUAGAAGCAUAGAGAUAAAAGAUGAACUAAAGAAAAAGAAAAAUCUCAAUCGAUCUGGUAAGCGUGGCCGGCCUUCGGGAACCACCAAAUCAGCAGGAUACCGGACCAGCACAGGCAGACCCCUGGGAACUACCAAAGCGGCUGGAUUUAAGACAAGUCCAGGCAGACCUUUGGGUACAACCAAAGCUGCGGGAUACAAAGUCAGCCCAGGGAGACCUCCAGGUAGCAUUAAAGCUCUAUCCCGUCUUGCCGAUCUUGGUUAUGGCUGUGGCACUGCUGCUUUUCCUUACCCUGUGAUGCAUGGCAGAGCAGUUCACGGGGUAGAGGACACCAGCAGUGAAGUCAAGCCACCCAAUGAGUGAGUGAGGCAGGAAAGGAGGGCCAGGUUAAGAAGGAAGGUUGUGAAUAAUCCCAAAGCUUCUUGGUUUUAUUUUGACAUAUUUUAUGGCCUGGGCUUUCCAAUUUUGUUUUCCUGUUUGUUUUUUUCCCUGCUUUUGCUCAGAAACCGCCAUAUGCUGACAGAUGCACUCAGGGCAUGAGCAGUGGCAUUGAAUUUGUACAUAGGUUCAAGUGUAACACCUAACUAAAUCAUUUUUGCUUUUUCUUUAGCGUUAUGGUUGUGUCUUAUAUUUCAUUACUACUUUUGGGCCAUUCUAAAUAGAUGGUUUAUGUGCUAAGCAACUGAAACCAUCAUAUCUGUUAGUUUGUGGAAUAAGCCUACAAUAUACUAAAGAUAAUAUCUAAGGUAUUUUUAACUGAUGGAACAAAGCAAACUAAUGAUUCAGGAUUAUUUGAGGUAUGGCUGUGAGUUUUUGUAACAUUUAUUUUCAGGAGACAGUACAUAGAUAUUUGUAUGCUUUGGUAUUUACAUAGACUUCAGAUGUUAAAAAUCUUAUUUUUAAUGUUCUAGGUUUGAGCAGCUUCUUAUUUAUUGAUCUAAAUGACAUUUAUUGAUUUAACCAUUGUUCCUAAAGGAAUUCUUUAGUGUUUGCCUUUCAGCAAUGAUAGGUUGCGUAUUUUUUAAUUGCCUGUAUACCAAGAGCAUAUAUACCAAACACUACAAACAAUUCAUAUUUACAAAAAAAUUAAACUUUUUUAUAAAAACUGCACAUUACAUUUUUGGUGACACAGUGCAUUCUGAGAAUAGCAUAUUUAAUAUAAUAGAAAAAGAAACAUUCUUAAGGUUUGCAUGUAGCUAUAGUCACUACAUUUUGCCUUUCAUAUACUUAGUUUUAAAGCAUUAUGGUUAAAACAUUUAUUACUAUUGUUCAUUUAUUCAGAAUGUUUUUUAGUUUUUUUCUGAGAAAUUGUCCCAUUGCAUUAGCACUUAACUGUGGUUUCAGGUUUAUAUCUACCAAAGGACACAAAUUGAAUGGUAGACUGUAGAACUGGUAUAAACAAAAUGCAGUUUUCUGACUGUCAGAACACAAGUAUUAAGAAAUAUAUAGGAUCCAUCUAUGCAUGAAACAUGUAAAAAAUAUUGCUGGUUAAUGUAAUUAAAAAUCUAAUUGUGGCUCUAGUGAGACCAUUUUAUCCAAAAGAAAAUUUUUUCCAACACUGCUUGCUUUAGAAGCAAGAUAGAUAGAAAAGAAAAAAAGUAUUGGGUACAUAUGUAUAGGAGGAACAGAGGGAAAUCUCUCUUCCCCCAUUUCUGAAAGUAAUAUUCUUUGUUAAUAUACAUUUUAUUUAUUCUGAGUUUGUUCUAAAUAAAAUAAACUAUUAUUAUCUUUGAAUUUGAAAAAAAUUCCACUGAACUUUAAAGUUACAAUGUAUGUGUUUGUGAUUUUAAAUGCCUUUGAGAUUAUAAUGUAGAUUCGCAGGACCCAAAAACUUUUAAAAUAAUUAAAAGUUUAAAAAGGCGCAUAUUGUGUUGUUUGGGCUUGCUCUCAGUUAAUGCAAACUCUGAUUGCAAAUGGAUGUCAUGUUUCGUACCUUUUUUAUCAGGAAAAAAGCAGCAAGCCUUCAGGUGUUCCAGUGAUGCCUGACACAUGAGCUGGAUUUAUGCUGCUCUUUACAGUAAGAGGUGUUGCAUUGUAUGUGGGAACUGUGUGCACUGGCAUCUAAGACAGUGACCUCAACAAUUUUAGCUUUGCACAAACCAUAGAGAACAAUGUUGGAAGACUACAUAAUCAGUUGUAACAUUCUGGCAGCUAAAUUGCUAUAAGAGUUUCUUCUUGCAGAAGCGUAAAAUAUAAAAUUUUAAUAAUUUACUCAGAACAGUAUAACUUCUGACACACACAAAACCUUACAUCUUUAUUUAUAUGUUUAUCCACUUUUAUUAUGUAUCUGUCAUUUAGCUGUUUCUCAAAAUGUUGUUCAGUAGUUGGCUGCUUAGAAAUCCUCUUUUGAGUUCCUGAAAUAGUUGUUGAAUGAAAUGUUCUACCGUAGAAUAAUAUAUACCACUGUCUAGCACUUGGUUGCAUGUUGUGUUUUUCAGUAUGUCCAUUUGACAUUGCCCAUUCAGUUUAUUUUGAUUCCUGAUUUUGUUAUACAUAACCUUCCCUGUCUCCCUGCCCUUGCCUACAUUUAUUCCCCUCUUCUUCUCCCCAUCCUCCAGCACAUCUACUUAGUGGUGCUGUGCUGUGUGUCAGAGAUAAAGCAGAUGUAUUAUUGUAUAAUGAAGUUUGUAUACAUGUUAAUGAAAUGGUGAAAUCAACUAAAGGAAGUAUGUUCAUAAUAGUGUUUAUUAAUAUCAGGAGCUAUGUCCCAGCGAUAAAAGCAGGCAGAGGGCUACAGUUGUGGCAGAUAACAUGGUUUAAAAAAACUGAAUUUUAUGUUCAUGUGAGCAGUUACCUGGAGUAUUAGAUUUGUAUGCUGGUGAGCAUCUCCUGAUUCCAGUUCCUUUUCUCCUCGUGAACAGUUUAUUGGUGCCAUGCUGAAGAAGAGAAAGACAUCUAAGUGAUAACAUGAAGUCUUAAAAUAUAAAAUAUUUUUACUUCUCUAUAAUCUAAAGACUACAUUGUGCAUCUUUUGUAACAUUGUCUCUUAUCAUGGUAAACACUGAAAUAGCAUGUUAAACAAAUGCCUAUACUUUAAUAUAAUAUAAUCAAUUGGGAAAAACUGGCCUUUUCUUCCCACUGUAUGAUCCUUUAAAGGUAAAUUGCUAAUUUUAUAUUGUGUAAUUCUCUUCAC